CCCCGUCUGUUUCUCACACCCACCCCUGCACACAUACACACACACACACGCGCCUCCUCCCCCCUCUCCUCCUUUUAGCAUCUGAAAGGACCGCUGAGUGAGAAUCGAUGGCGCAGAGGCCCGCUUGACAGGACAAUAAACUACAAAGAAGGGCAGCCAUGCUCCAGCAGAGCGGGGAGCCGUCUCUUCCACACAGCCGCCACCAGCACCAGCACAUCGGCCAGGAGUCACCCUCCAGCCACCGACUCCUCCACACAACCAAGCCCGGCCACCACUUCCCAUGAGGCGGCCACCAGCACUCAGCCCUAUCGCUCUGUAUGGAGCCUCUCGUCUGUGAAUGGACAUGGAGGAUGAAGAUGGGACUUGUCUUCUUGAUGUUUUAUGUGACCCCCAAGCCCUGAAUGACUUCCUUCAUGGGACGACUGAGCUGCAGACUGAAGACCUGCUCAUUAGCGCCUCCUCUGGGGAGCCCUCCCUCUUCACAGAUGCCCCGAGCCCCGUUUCUCUACUUGGAGAUGGCGGAGACUCCCCAGGUACGCCUCCGCCCGGCUGUGUGGAUCUGUCCUUCCUGGAGGAGGCCCUCCUCUCGUCACCUGAGGGCAGAGAUGACGGCCGACAUCAGGUGGACAGGCAGACGGGAUCUCCCAUGGGGCCUGGUUGCGAGUCAAAGGAGGGAGAGGCAGAGGGAGAGGAGGCGGCGGCCGGGGAGGAGGAAGCAGAGGUGGCAUGUUGUGACAUUCUCCAGCAGAGUCUGCAGGAGGCUGACAUCACGGAGCAGACUGUAGCCCUGGAGGGGGGCCAGACCCAAGACAGCGUGUCCCUUUUCUCACCCGCCACCAUCCUCUCGCCACCCACUGCGCCAUUUGUAGCCAAGACCACGUCCGUCGCCCCCACCUUGCCCAAAGACACUCAGGCAGCAGUGGAGCCCCCCCAGCCCUCCCUGCUUGCUGUCGGGCCCGGCUGCCCCUCUCUGAAACCUUCCGCCCCCCCUCAGCUGAUGGGGCUCCUGCCUGGAAACGUUUUCCCUGCCCCUUCACCAGAGACCACCUUCUCUCUGAGCCCAGUUCAAGGUUCCAGUAUGAUCAUCCAUAAAGCGAUGACCAGUGUUAUGGGCCGACCUCUCCUCGCCCCCACUCUGAGAGCAGCAGCAGCCCACGGUAUCAUCCUGCAGCGUGCCCCCCUCCCCAUCCAACCCAAGCUGCCCAUCAGCAUUCAGCCUAAACUGGUCCAAAUCAGCCCAAAACCGUCAGGACAAAAACCCGCUACGGGUCUCACACUCGUUCCUGGGACCGUUUCACCAAAUAUUCUACUGUCUCAGCCAACAGGCCAGACGCCCGCAGCACCUCCCCCAGCGGCUGCCAAACCAGUCAGCCUGCAGUUGGUCAACCAGGGCGGCUCCUUUGUGCUCCAGCCUCAGGGACUCUUUCAAGGCCAAAAUCAGUUCCUCCUCCCGGGUCAGUCCCAAGUCACCAUCUCCCAGCCUGGGGCUCGACCUCUACUGACUGCCGGUCCACAAGGCCGAGGCGGAACUCCCGUCAGCGGGCACCUUGUGGACGGAUCCCAGAUCCUAACAGUGCCCCAAAGACAGCUCAACUUUAGCCCAGUCUUCACCACCACAGGCCAGCUCGCUCUCAGCCAGGCCACUGUCCUCUCUGGACCUCUUCAGCUGCAGUCAGCGCCCUCUGCUGUCUUCCAGAUGCCAGCACAGCUGGCUGGGAACUACACGACGGGUGGGCAGCGGGCCACGUUGGUACACGGCCCUACGCUAGGAAAUCACAUUACGUUAAUCAACAGCGCUGGGAUGCUCCCCUCGGAUCUGGCCUCCAUCUCCAUCGUCAACACUCCGUCGGUGGUGCAGGGCCUGCCCUUUACUGCUCAGGCGGCGUUGACAGACCCCCCGCUGGGACUCCAGCCGGCCUCGGUGGUUUUGCUUCCCGAGAGAGGAAUGCCCGAGGAAAGGAACACUUCAGAGGAAAGCUUCCUGCAACUGCCACAGCACUUCGGUCAGGUAAUCCAACAUCCUGUCUCGAUGCAGCCCGCCACCCCUCCUUCGCCUUCUGUGGUAACUGUCAUUGAGUCCCAGACAGAACCAGCUCUAGCCCCAGCUGUGGAGAUGCCCUCGGCUGACUUGGUCCAAGUGGUGGAGGAGGUGGCCCAGUCUCUGAGCCAGAACCAGGACUUUAUGCAACAACUGCAACAGCAAGCACUUAGCUCUCCCAUUACGUCUGACAUCUUGGUUGGAGCGGUACCAGUGGUCCCAGUGGGCUCUCUCACCCCCUCAGUGGACAAUGAGCAAGACAGCCACCAAGCGACCGUCAUGUUGGAUCCAUGUGUUGACUCUUCCCCCCUCCCCUCGGAGGACACAUCGCUGCUGGGAGCCUUUCAGUCAGCAGCCAUGUUCCCCAAUCAAGACCCCCUUCUUGGACCAGAGAGUUCCCCCCCCCAGUACCAGGACGCCCCUGAGUUCCAGGGGUCUCAGUCUCUGUUUGUCACCAGUAAAAGGACGCUGGCCGCUGCCCAGGCCUUAGCUUCCCAUCCAGGGUCCGAUUUUUCCCUCCCUCAGUCCUCGGAGCCCCCUUUCACCCCCAGGGGCGCCUCCCCUCUGCACGUCAGCAUCCCAGUGCCUCAGCAGCAGCCGGACCCGUCAGCUGCCAGCCUCUGUGGAGGGGGGAACGACACUCCUGUUCAACAGCACACACUAAACAGUGAGUUUGUCUUCCAAACACAAAACAGUGAAUUUGUAUGCAAACUAAAAGUGUGUGGUAUGUCAGCACCAACAGCUGCCUUGGCCAUUGAGAGCGAAUUGAUGUCUCUCUAUGUCCACCCGUCCUCUCCUGACAGCCAGGAGGAACACCUCCCAGCCCCCAGGGAGGGUGGCCCCUUCACAAACAACCAGCAGCUGGCAGGUGUGGAGCUGCAGCGAGAAGAACCAGUAACACCAGCAAUGCGACAACACAGGUUUCAACAGCUGCUUUGUACGGACCACAUGGCGGUUCAGCACCCGUGCACCAGCACCGCCUUCCCCACCUUGAGGGACGCCGCCCAGCGCCUGCUGCCGUACCACGUGUGCGCCGGUCUCCUGCCUACUCAGGAUGACUUCACUUUAGUGGACCAGGAGUUUGACACGGUGUCCAGGUUCCUGCUGAGGCGCACCAAGGACAUGGUCAACAAAUACAGGCAGCUACUGGUCAGAGAAACACAGCAGGAGAGUCCAUCGGCUGAAAUGGUGAUGCUGGAGCGCCUCUUCCUGCAGGCAGAACGUUUCUCUUUGGGAGAGGACAGACGGCGAGCCCGCAGAGACCCAGAGUACUUCAGGAUGUCCUUGGCCGCAUCAGCGUCUUCCUCGGGGGCCUCGUCUUCGCCCCCGGCUUGGACUAGACUCUCAGACCGUCCCCCGGGCCUCAAGACGUACCGCUCUAGCUCCAGGGGAGCUCUCAGGCUCACCAUCAAGCAGGAGGUGGUGCACAGUUCUCUGAAGCGGGACCACAAGGGGCAACUGACCAAUGGCGGCGGUGGAGGGGCGGCCACCCUGCACCCCCCUCAGGCAACCAACGGCUCAUCCCAUCAUCCCGAGUUGGAUGAAAAUGGAGCUGAAGGAGCCUCACAGGCCCACCUAUCCAGAAUGAAAGACCCUCUUCCAGUGCCACAAGCAGUCGGUUUUGAGCCGCCCCCGCGGGACACCCCCAAGGUGAAAUGCCUCAGGCUGGAUGUGCCGCCGCACGCUCCCCUCCAGGAGGACAAUGUGCUCAGUGAACAUCUACAGAGCGCCAUCAACAGCAUCCUGGAGCUGCAGCGCUUGCAGGGGCCCUCGGGCGGGCCCCUCACCAGGGCCCCAGUGGGCUCCGUGCUGGACCAGCCCGUCACCAGCGUCUUAGGGGGUCACCUGUGAGGUUGUCUGGCCUGAGUAAGUUCCACACAGAUCCUGAAACUCCCUCUAAAGUGGGAUCCUUGUCUCUCGCUUGCAAGAUUUCGUCUUUGGAGAACCUGCUCGCUUGAAAGAUGAGAAAAGCAACAGCAGCACUAAGAAGAGACAACAGCACUACCAGUAGUUCCAGAAAUGUUAGAUACUUCAUUUUGAUGUACGUUUGUGCUUACAAAAAAAAAACAAAAAAGUGCUACAGGAGCGCUAUGAUUUCCUUGCAACCUUCAUCAGCAUACAGAUUUUAAAAAGUCAUAGUGAGGAUUAUGGAAUAGUUUUUAUAAGAUUUCUUUCCCAUAGUGCCAAGCUUCCAGGGUAUUUAUUUAUUUAUUUUUGACGUUUGCCAACGUUACUGUGGGGCGCCUUUUCAAGUAAACUCCAAAGAACGCCUGAGACGCCGCCACAACCCUGAACACACCAGCAACUGCCGGCUCGCCUCGCAGAACCUGCCUGCUGGACUCUGUGGAUGCUGUGAAAUGUCCCUGAGAGACACGGACACAACAAGGACAAUGUUGGAUGUUUGAACAUGUAAGCAAUAAUGACUCGGGAACUUGGGGAAGGAAUGGAGGUGACACUGCAAAGAUGAAGUCGCUCGGCGCUUCAAGUUCUUCAGUUGCUUUAGUUCCGUCUUUCUGCAGAGACCUGGGACUUUAGGACCUGACUUCUCGGAAAAUAAAUGACUCUGUGUAGUUUUGGACGACUGACCCGCUACAGGCUUGGACCAAGGAACUUAUGACUUGGGAUUUAGCUGGUCUAAAACAUUUAAGACUAUCCUAACACUUGGACCAGAAUAUCUCACAUAAGACCUGAACUUUGGACAUGCUAGUGACUUUUGGCCUUCUGUUAGACCUACGUGCAAGUGUCAUGCAAGUUCCGCAACGCUAUGCGGUCGACUUCCGUCAUAAUUUGACCAAAGGACUUAUCACUUGUACCAAACGUUUUGAUUCAAACAGGCCUUCCAUAAGACUUGUACGUGGACCUGGUGACUUGUACAUCCAAAUGAUUUUGGACUUGCUAGUGACAAUGGAACAGGUUUCUUAGAUCAAGCAACUUGAGACUUGCCUAUGAGAACCAAGUGACUCAGGAUCGGCCAGAGACUUGGAUGUAGCGAUGGGAUCUUUUGAGAUCUUUGAGCAGACCUGGACCACAUCACUUGUGUCAGACUCGGGCACAAUACAACAUUUGACUUAGAGCAGCUUCGUUGGACUAGUUGGACUCAAAAAAACCUCACAAAAAACACACACUAGUCAUGUGAAAGAGACUUUGCCCAAACUGGCUUUGGACUUGUCUGACCCUUUGACACUUGCUUGAGACCUUAAACCAAAUGACGUGACCAAUUUAGAUGACACUUAAGGCUGUGUUCACACUCGGGACACUAAUCUGGAUUUGGUUCCGAUUCACUUACCCUCUCCAUUGGCAUUUUUUAAUUUUUUUCCCCUAAGAAUGGCACCAAAAGUUGCCCCGUGGACCAAGCAUCUGGUCUUUGGUCCAUGUAGCAUUCACACAAAAAGGACACCAGAUUUGGUUUGCAAGCGCUUGUUGGCUUUAACCGAGUUUGAACACAGCCUUGGUUUCAAUUCACCGUGACCCAGACUCGGACCUUGUAGACUUCCGAUUGCCGUGAGUCAACUCCCAGGUGUUUUGCAUUGGCGUCGCUGCGCCAUAAAAACGUUUGACCAAAAACUGGAGGAAGCAUUCACGUCACACCCAAACCGAUUCUUUUUCAUCGGCAGUUUUUCUUGUUUUUAUUUACAAACUGGAGCCGAAAAUUUGGGUUUUUUCCCCCCCCCAUUUUUGUUAACGUGACAAUCUUUCAAAUAAACUUAAUUUAAACGUUAUCUACAAAAAAGCCGACACGUAAAAGACAAAAAAAAAAAGAAAAAGUGACUGAAUGGUUUCCGCGACGACAUGAUCACUUUUUUGUGCGAGAUCGUCUUUUGUUGCGCUGAACAAAAGCAGUAAGAAUAUGCAGUACUUUAGAGGACAAACACGAGUAAUGUCUCGGUCAUGCAGUAAAGAUGUCAGAGUGAUUCUCACUCCUCGUCGCCGUUCAGCUUCUUCUUACAAAUAAAAAAAAUGUUCACUUCAAAAUGAAACUCCUAAGAGAAAAAACCCCAACAAAAAAAGCCGCCUCAUGUGCCAUUGUUGUGUGCAGUGUCCAACACUGACCGUCAUUGUUUAGUAUGUCCAGAAACUUUUGUCGUCAUCUUUUUUUGUUUGCAUGUGAGCCAUGAAAGCCAGAUGACGGAUUGUUCUCAUGCCAAAAGCUAGAGGCCUUAACCCAGCAGAACUAGAUUGUACACAACAAAAGUCAAAGACUCAUUUGAUCGCAAGUUUCUCGAUUUUGUACUUGGUUUUUCCAUUUUACAGACUAUUUAUCAAACUGUGAUUUUGUAAGAAAUAAUAAAAAAAACAGAACGUGGUGUCUUUGUUUCUCUUGUAAUACGAACUUUAUUUUGUUUCAUUCACAAUUCAGGAGGACAAAACGUACAAAGAUUUCAUUUCUCUGCUCCGAGGUCGUGUCGUCGUGCUAACGAGCUAGCUAGUGUUUCUUUGAGCGUGGAUGUUGU